AAAAAAACGAAACUGUGAAUUUAUAAACGGAUAUUAACAAAAGAUAUUUGAACAACAAAUAUUUAUCAACGUUUUAAUUAUUUCAUAACACUGAACUAAAUAACAUAUGAUAUUUACAGAGCAUCGUGGUGUGAGCCAUUGCUUUCGCAUAGUUGUGUAGAUUACUAUAGCCCUUUGAAAAAUAGGUGAGGUUUGAGAUAAUAAUUACUGGACCCAGAAAAUAGUUUUAGUUUAAUUGACAUCUGUUUAGUUCAGUCAAGAGAAUUAUUAUUAUUACAAAUGUUCAGAAGGUUUUGAUUCAGUUACAAAUUAGUAAUAAUUAGAGAAUCAAAGGCAUAACCUCAAGGCUUCAUUAGUUUUCGCCUUAAAAAACAAGGCGAUUUUGAAGAUCUCUACGACGUUUCUAUAGAAACGAUUUCUAAUGUUUCAAGGGUUAUCAAGGAAGAACAUGACUUUCAUCGAAAGGCUGGAAUUGGAGUUCGCCCAGAACUACCUCAAGAUACACGAGCUUAUCGAAAAGUGGCAGGAUACGCUGGAACGGAGUCGACCGUCCAACCUCCGAUUCUUGGACAACCUGACGACGACGCUGGAAUAUGCUUCAACGCUGCUCUAUGGCGAUCUAACAGACUUUAAAAAAAUGUUGGACUCUUACGUUGCUCCUCCUGACGGAGAGCAAGAUGUCCAAUUAGAUGCACUAGUAUCUAUUUGGGAAUCUAUCCAGCCCCACGUUCGUGUUGUAGAAGCGGCGUUCCAGAAUAUAUACAAAUUAUUAUAGAUAGAAUAUGGUUCAUCUUUUGUUUCGUAUAUUUUAUUCUAUUCUUAUUUAU